AUGCCUACUAGAGUACACGACUGUCAUCAACCAUGGGUCGUCAGCCAGAAGUUCGAGUGGACUGUUUCUGGGUUGAUCACUGCAGCUGAAUUUCACUUUUUAAACGUUUUUGUUGGCACAACCAUCAACUUUGUGGGAGGCCCGUAUUCAGGGGCAAUAAAGGAACCGGAUCUCCUGAUCCAACCCGACAACCAACACCUGCCCUCUGUCAUCAUUGAGUCUGGGUGGAGCGAAUCUGUGCCCCGACUUCGCGACGAUAUGAAUCUCUGGCUGGUCGGUGGCGGGGGGAAGGUCCGCGCAGCUAUUAUUCUCAGCUGGCAGAGACUCUCUAACACCAACCAGGUCCGGGGUAACCUUGAGCUCUAUACCCUGGACCGGAAUGGAAUGCCGCAGCAUAAUACCGACCUCGCCAUAUUCCCUUCCCCUACUCCUGCUGUGGCUGCAGCCCAGCAACUCAUUCUGACAAGAAGAGAAGUUUUUGGUGACCAUGUCCCUCCCGGCCGAAAUCCCACCGACCAACUACCAUUCUCAAUCAAUAUACUCCGAGGCGAAGCCAGGGAUGCAUUACAGUUGAUGGGUCUGAUACCAGCAUGA